GUGAACUCAGUUUCCCAAGUGGCGCCGCGGAGGCCAGUGCGAAGUCUGGCUUUCCCGGCCUACUGUAAGGUUUGAGCCGGGAGGCGGUAGUAGUCGCUGGCACAGGUCCGGUGUGAUGGCGAAAGUGUCGUGCGUCUGGAGAGGUCUCGACCAAGAUACGGCUGUGCCUUGGGUGUCCACAGUUGGGAGAGCAAAGGCACAAGAUGCCAGGGAGCCAGAGCCUUGCCGCAGGCUAUGAGUAGGAGCCUGAGCUGGUCUGAGCAGCUCGACGCGCUUCUCAAUGCUACUGACGGAAAUGUGGCCAGGAUUAAGACAGAACUCAUUGGCCUGUGCAUUUUUUUUUGUAGCAAAGGCUGUAUCCCCUUGGAGUCUCCACCGUGGAAUGACACUGCUGUCAUCCCUGCACCACAACUGCUGUGGGAGGAGCCAGUGAUUCUUCGGGAGGAAUUGAAGUUGCUGACGGACCACCUGAGCCAGCACCAGGAGCUGCUGCUGAAACAGAUGACUGAGGGGCGGCAAGCUCAGGCCCACAGCUGGAAGAUCUCGAGAGGCAUACCCUUUCUAACCUGGAGCCCAGCAGCUUUCAGCUCCAGGCCCAGAGCCCUAUACUUUAAGGGCCCCAAGAUGCUCCUGAAUGACUGUAAGGACUUGUAAGAGCAGUAGGAUGAUAUCUGCUUUGCUCACCUUCCCCUCCAAGGUCCUGUUUCUGGGUCCCCUUCCCCUCCCCUCUUGUUUUUUUUUUGUUUGUUUGUUUUUGUUUUUUUUUUUUGCAGUACGCGGGCCUCUCACUGUUGUGGCCUCUCCCAUUGCGGAGCACAGGCUCUGGACGCGCAGGCUCAGUGGCCAUGGCUCAUGGGCCUAGCCGCUCCAUGGCAUGUGGGAUCUUCCCGGACCGGGGCACGAACCCGUGUCCCCUGCAUCGGCAGGCGGACUCUCAACCACUGCGCCACCAGGGAAGCCCCUCCCCUCCCCUCUUGAUCUAGCUGGUGUUUGCCCUCCCUACUGAGGUUUGUCACUGCCUGUCCAGCCUUACCCACAAGCAAUAAAAUGGUUUA